AGAGGCAAAUCAAUGAGAGUUACUGAGCCUCACUCUAGAAUUAAGAAUGAUAUCGAAAAGAGAGAAUCAAGAGGGGAACUAUAAAAGAUCGCACAAAAAUAAAAUUCAAAAUAAAGGUGUUCUUCGUGGCCGUGAAAUUAGCUACACCAAAAUCCUCUCAAACAGCUCCAAAAAGCCACAUCUUAUGCUUAAAAACAAUUUUAUGAGACGUCUGAACCACUUAAAGACCAAUAAUAACCUAGAACUCCAACCUAACCCUCAACAAAGCUUCAUUGAAGAUUGUAUGAACAACUACAUUGUCACUCAGAGUCGCAAAAACAAAGAUAGGCCAAAGAUUUCUAAAUUACAGUCACCCACUGCAGAGCAAUCCUCGAUUAGUUCGAGAAGAGGACUUGGCAAAGAGGCUGAGCCCAUUCAGAAGACUCCAAGAGUGCCUUAUAACCAAGAUAUUAUCGGUUUUAUGAAGAAAUAACCAUUUUCA